GUAUAUAUAAGUUCAGAGAGAUCGACUAGCCACAUACACAUAUGGACCAAUAAUGACACUUAAGAAGAAGAGGAGGACUAACUCAUCACAGUCACAGUCAAUGGCAUAUUCUCCAGAUUUCGACGAAGAAGAGGAGAUUCCGUUGAAGGAGGAAACUUCCUUUACCUCUUCUUUGUCUUCGCCGAUGAAAGGAGGACUAACUCAUCACAGUCACAGUCAUGCAUGGUAAUCAUCACAAUCACAGUAAUCGCAACAGUCAUGCUUUCAGUUUCGAGACUAUCACGGCGGCCGUGCUCUCUCCAGAUUUACCCAAAUCUUCUGUAUUCGGGCUUUUGGGUCAUCAAAGGCGGAUGAGCCAGAUCCAUAGUCGGAAGUCUUUCAUGCUGAGCACGCCAGAAGAAAAAGAGGACUUUUGUUGGAGCUUUAAUCUUCCAGGGAUUGAGCUUUAAGAGUUCCCUUGAGCAUCCAUGUUCUCCUCAUCCUCUUCCUCAUCCUCUUCUUUGCACUUCAUCCAUCCAUCUGUUUUAUCCAUUCCAACGCUUCAGAAUUUGAAUAUUUGUCGUUGCAAAAAAUUAAAGAUCGUCAAAGGCAAUAUGAAGUCUCUCGAAAAUUUUUAUGCUAUUUUUUAUUUACAUUUAGAGGAAUUUUCAAUUGGAAUGGAUAAAACAGAUGGAUGAAGUGCAAAGAAGAGGAUGAGGAGCUCGAAAAGCUCCCUUCGAGUGGCAAUCCUGAUAAGAUGGCCAAGAUGAAGGCUAUAUUGUCACAAUUCAUUGAGGAACAGAUGAAAAGAUAUGAGUCACUCCACAGGGUUGGAUUUCAGAAAUCUAACAUGAAAAGAAUCCUUAGUCGGAAGUCUUUUAUGCUGAGCACGCCAGAGGAAAAGGAGGACUUUUGGUGGAGUUUUAAUCUUGCAGAGAUCUUGCCAAAUUUCUUGUCUUUGCUGGAGGUUCAAGAAAAAAGAUAUUCUGUACCCAGAAGAGACUUCGUAUCUGCCAAAUUUGUGGAACAACCAGAUCCAUAGUCGGAAGUCUUUCAUGCUGAGCACGCCCGCCAGAGGAAAACGAGGACUUUUGGUGGAGCUUUAAUCUUCCAGGGAUUGAGCUUUUUAAGAGUUCCUUUGCGCCAAAACUUCCCCCAUUUUACUAUUCUACCCUUCUCUCUUGCUGCACUUUUCACUUCUUCCGCAAUUGACUUGAUCGUUUCUGGUUUUAUCACCCAUAGAAACCUCUGUUCGCUGUUUGCUAAGCAGUACGCCACUUCGAUUAGUUCCUUCUCUUCCUAGCUCGCUAUGCUUCCUAAACUCACGUCCAGAACUGAACGCGACUCAUUCAACCAUGUUAUGCAACUAUAGUCUUCUUGCACGAGAGUUGACUCUUUCUGAACGCGACUCAUUCAACCACGUUAUGCAACUAUAACACACACUACCAAACUUUUCAAUAGUGGAGAAUCGAUCGGCUGACAACAAGAAGACAUUUCUGAAUAUUGUGAGAUGAGCAUCUUUUAUGAUAUCAUUCAGUGUCUCUUUCUCCAAGCUCAUGCAAUUGGUAAAUGUGAGCUUUCUCCUCUUUAAACUAAACACCCCCUUCAAAUUGAAUAUUUAUUUCAGUGAUGUGCAAUUAGAAGCAUCUAACUCUUCAAUAGAUGGUGGAAGCUCUGGUAUAAAUUGAAGACCACUACAACCACUUAUGUCAAGAAUCCUUAACUUUGAUAAGAUUUUGAGGUUGUGUGGGUGCUCAAUUAGCUCUCUGCAGUAAUGACGAAUGGAUUUUUGACGGUUUAGAAUUCACAAAUGAAUUCUCGUUGCAAGUAUAGUUUCUAAACCAAUCACUAAUCCUUUCAUACAAAAAUUUGUUGUCACUAAAACAAACCCCUAAAUUUAUAAACCGAAGUAUUGGACCUCGGGUCGUUCUCCCUAGGAAUUGUAAUGAAGUGUCUUGUUAUUGGUUGUGAAUUAUAUUUGGGGUUUUUAAGCUUUUGGACAAGAAAUAUAAAUGGCAAAGAAAAUAACCUAACAACUAACAAAGCUCUUGGCAAGAUAUGAGAACUAGAAGUCCUAUCCUAGUUAUCCUUCUCAAUUGUGAUGAGAAUUGUGUGUUGCUCCCACUUAGUUAACCUCUAACCAUGGAGGAAAGUCAAGUGGAUGAAUCAAUUUGAUUCCUCAAGUCCUAAUCAACUCCUAAAGGAAAGACUAGCUUUAGAGGCAUUCAAAUCAAUUAGCAACUUCUAAUUAUCAACCAACAAAAGAAUUAGAUAACUCAAGAGUCACUAAUUACUCUACCUAGGCCAAGAGGAACAAAAUCUAACUAAUAGCUAUAAGAGACAUUUCAUCAAACACAUAAAAGGCAAUAAAAGUAAACAACAUAAAUUGCAAGAAUUAAAGAGAGAUCUAACUACAAAGGCAAGAGAUCAACAAUAGAAAAGCAAAGAAGAACAAUUAUUAUGAAUUACCUCUUAUUGAAUUGAAAGAAUGUAGAGGGAACAAUACUAGAUCUACAACAAAAUGUAAGAACAACAUAAAGGAAAUUACAACAAAAGAGUAGAAGAAGAUGAAUCUAACAACAAAGAAUAGAAAGGUAGAAGUAGAAGAAAGCAAAGAUUAAAACCUAGAUCUAAGAACUAAUCCUAAUCCUAAUCCUAAUUCUAGAGAGAAGUGAGAGCUUCUCUCUCUAGAAACUAACUUCUAGAACUAAACUAAAACUAAUUGGUAACUAACAUAUGGUAAAAGUAUGAAAAGUAUGUUGAUUCCCCUUCAAUCCUUGGCUUAAAUAGCAUUAGAAAUGAGUUGGAUUGGGCCCACAAGGCUUCUAAAAUCGCUGGCCACGUUUUGCUUUAAGUGGACUAGGUGGCAGCAACGGCGCGUGCGCGUGCUAUGCACGUGCGCGCCAUCAUACGUGUAGUAACUAUGGCAAAUCUUAUAUCGUUUCGAAGCCCCGGAUGUUAGCUUUCUAACCCAACUGGAACCGCAUCAUUUGGACCUCUGUAGCUCAAGUUAUGAUCGUUUAAGUGCGAAGAGGUCGGCUUGACAGCUUUUCGGUUCUUUCAUUUCUUCAUGAGUUCUCCAACUUUUCAUGCUUUUUUCUUCAUUCCCUUGAUCCAAUCUUUGCCUCCUAAACCUUAAAUCACUUAACAAACAUAUCAAGGCAUCUAAUGGAAUCAAGGAGAAUUAGAUUUAGCUAUUUUAAGACCUAAAAAGCAUGUUUUCACUCUUAAGCACAAUUAAAGGAGAAUAUACAAAACCAUGCUAUUUCAAUGGAUAAAUGUGGGUAAAAGGUUAUAAAAUCCCCUAAAAUCAAUACAAGAUAAACCGUCAAAACGGGGUUUGUCAACCUCCCCACACUUAAACCAAGCAUGUCCUCAUGCUUAAGCCAAGAGAGAAAUAAGGGAUAUGACACUUAUUCAAAGCAAAGAAACUAUAUGCAUGCCACUAAAUGCAAAAUGAUUCUACCUACUUGGUUAAAAAUAGAUCAAUCCUCCAAGUCAUACAUGCACAAGUAGGGUCAAGAUCAUAUAACGAUUCAUGAAUCCUACCAAUUCAAAUAUAAAAAUUGAAGUUCAAAUAGACUUGCAAGAAGAACGCUUGUGAAAGCCGGGAAUCAAGGAAUUGAGCAUCGAACACUCACCGAAAGUGUUUGCACUCUAGUCACUCGGUGUUUGGGGUUGAUUCACUAAAUUCUCCCCUAAUCAUGCUUCCCAAGAUUUGUUUUUCAUCUAACAAUCAACAAUUAUUCAAUGCAUGCAUACAUGUAUCAUGAGGUCUUUUCUUUAGGUUGUAAUGGGGCUAGGGUCAAGGUAGGAUCAUAUAUGGCUAGUGGACUUAGGAUUUGAAUCUUUGAUUAACUUAAACUUUCCCACCUAACCUAUAUAAUGACCUAUACAAUUAAGUACUAAUCUAACUUCCCAUUCCUCACUUUUUCACAUACUCAUGCAUUUUC